AUGCCCAAAAAUCCCUACAAAUUAAUCUCCCCACAAGCUGGUCGCCAUUCCGAAGUUUGUGAGUAUUUGCACCAUCAAGAUGCUCCACGUUGUCAGACGCCUCGACCGGUAGAGUUGGACUACAUGGACCACUUGUGGCUUGAUGACAUUCGAGAAGUAUGGGCAGACAGAUUGCGACCUGGUGAAGUUUUUCACCUGACAAGCGUCGUUCCACAGCCACCAGCGGCUGACAAUCAACCGUACAUGCCCCACGUGAUUGUCUCUCAAGGGCCACAACCGGAUCGUAUUGGUGUUAUUUUGACUGCGAGGUUUGUUGAAGAUCAUCAAACUCAACUACUCCAAGAAGCUGCAUCAUCUCCUGGAUGGAUGUGUGGCACACGGGCAGUUGAAAUGAUGCGCAUUCAGCAUCUUGUGCAAGAUCGUCCAUGGAUUGCUCGCUCUGGGGUCAUGAUGUUUUCCAAUGACGAGCUUGAGGAAAUCCCUGAUGGCAUCAGCAUCAACAUUGACAUCCGAGUCCCUCCAGCUGAUACUGAUGUUGUUUCUUUUGCAGCGUUUCAGCAGCAGGCGUAUCCACCUGAUCAGCCCAUCUUUCACAUGCCGGAUGUGGCUAUGCAAGGUGAAGAGACUCACAAUGACUCAGACCACUCAAGUUCUGAUGAUGAUGUUCAAUACGCCCAAGGAGAUGAUUGGCGAUUUGCACAUGUUUACCGCACACGGAAUCGAGUGUAUCAUGGCUAUGUACCGUGGGACAGUGCUUUCGUCUUUCAAGAACGUGUUUCAUGGCUCACAGGUGUCGAUGAGGAUGAUAUCGCGUAUUGUCAUCAUGUGGCUGACCCACCCGAAGAUUUGAGAGCAGCGCAUACUGAAGUUCUGCUGAUGCAAACAGCAGACCACGCCAUGUUCUUACAGACAGACAUUGGCAAAUUUCUGCCCUUUCCUGCUUUACCAGGAAAUAUGCUGGCCUCUGAGGUUGCAGCCUUGCUGAUGACCUCUCAAGAUUCUUCAUGCGAUGGAAUACCAGAGGACAAAUUGGAGAAUACCUCAUCUCAAUCCGUGCAGAUUGCACGGCAACAAGCCACGCAGAUCGAUCAACAUCAAGUUCAACUUGCCGGGAUGCCAGACUUCAUCCAUGAGCUAUUUCAACACUAUGCUCAAAGGCAGCCUCUUGCUGGCGAUGAUCGACGCAAUGUCUUCUUCAUCGAGACUUGGUACAGCGACCACACUCGACGCCCUCACAGUGGCCUUGGUCGUCAAGUACGUCUUACGGCUGACUUCAGCACAUGGUAUACCUCCAUUGUCAUGGCGUGGGAAGAUCAUGUCGACCCAUUUCAUUCAUUGACUGGCCACAUUGUCCAGCCGCACCCUGCAGGAGGUGAUCCUGAGGUAUUGGCACAUGUUGUGCUGGUUCAGAAUGCCAUCCCGGAUCAGGUUUCGACAUUAGUUUCCAUAUUUGACGCUGAUGAUGAUCCAUGGCAUCCACGACUGUUAUGUCUUACGCUUCAUCAGCAGCGGCUUCUUCAGACCUUGCUUGACGUUGCGAAUCCUGGAGAUGAAUUUGCUUCCAUAUCGACUAUGGCGACAUGUCGUGCUUGGUGGCAUGAUCAAGAGAUCACAGCACACUGGCGUACCCUUCUUCCUCAUGGUGCUGGCAUCCUUCUCCACAUCCAACGUGCUCCUGCACCUGUGAACAUGGCCCAUCAUGUUGAUGAUGAUGAUGGUCUUCAACUCUUGCAAAAGAAUGUUAAAGCCACUGUUGUGUCCUUACAGGACCACAUUGAAGCCCCAGCCAAUCCUGUCUGGGUGCAUGUUGACUGUCACAAAACACUUUUUGUUCGGCAGCAACUUUUGCACUUUGAGGAGGUCCACGUUCAGACUUGUACCCAAAGCGUUCGCUGGAAAGAGACUACCAUUUCUGACCUGCAACACAUUGUCCCAUGGACCUGGGAACAUCCAAUCGGCUUCACCUUCUACACCGAUGGAUCUGCUCCAAGAGCAAAUGCAACGGCUACUGCAGCUGUGGUGUUGAUUGUCCAUACGCUUCAAGGGCAGCGAUGGGGAGGGUAUCUGACAGCCCCCUGUAUUGGCAGUCAGACCGCCCCGCGUGCAGAAGCUACAGGCUUGCUUCUUGCAGUCAGAUGGUGCAGUCAGCUUCAGGUGCAGUAUGGACAUCAAUUUGCAUGGGUCGAGUUUGCCUUCGAUUGCCAACAUGUUGCCGGCAUUGCUCAAGGACACAGUGGUCAUCCAUGGAAUGAAGCAGCUGACACUUUGUGCUUGCAUGCACGACAAAAUGGUGUCACCCAGCAUGAUAUGAGUGAAUUUCUUCAUCAAUGUAGCUUUGACAACACUGAUCUGGACAAGAACAUGCCUCUGGAUACACAAGUGCACGUGCAGAAGGUCUUGCUGCGCAGUUUCAUGCUCUUGGUUUUCACGUCAUUGGUUUGCAAGAAACUCGAAGUCGACAGGAAGGACAUGUUCAGAUGGACCAUUUUCAUGUUCUUUCAGCCCCUGCCUCACAACGAGGCGUUGGAGGCAUCCAGCUUUGGGUUCACCGCAACAUUCGAGAUGGCGAUUUUCAUCUUCCCAUUGAACCACAUCAUUUACGCAUUCUUCAUGCUACGGCGCAACGCCUUGUUGUACGACUUGCUUGUGGAGAUCUACGCGUUAUUUUUGUGGUUCUACAUGCUCCAACGGAAGCAGAUGAUUCUGUUCUACAAAAAUUCUGGAGUGCAACCUCAGCGGCUAUUCCAAAACAGUACCGGUCGUGGCGUCUUUUCGUCCUGGCUGAUGCCAAUAGCCGUGUAG